GAUUACGAGACAGUAGAACUUGCCACGAAGUUUAAUUCUACCGCAAAACGAGAAUUAUACGCGGAUAUCGCGACUGCGGCUGAAUCUGGGUGGGAUUUUUCUUCGAGAUGGGUGAGGGAGCCUUCAGCAAAACAAUUACCAGCGAACACAAUAGAUUAUCUUCGUACAUUAAACACUCGCUCCAUAAUACCGAUCGAUCUAAAUUCAAUUUUAUAUAUGAAUGAGAUGACUCUAUCCGAGUUUGCUGGGGAGAUUGGGGACACAAAAAUGGUCAGAUCGUUUAAAGAUGCUGCAGGAAAAAGGCUCGAAGGGAUCGAAGAAUUGACAUGGAAUGAAGAGUUGGGAUCAUAUGGAGAUUACAAUUUAACUAGCAAAAGUAGUACUAACUUAUUUUCCUUGGCAACGUAUUUUCCGUUUUGGGCCGAAUCAUUACCUAAAGACUUUGCCACAAACUCUACAAAAGUUAUAAAAUCUUUCUCCCGCAUCAUUGACCUGCUUUCCAAGUACCCAGGGUCUCCGCCGACAACCCUAAUCGAUUCGGGUCAACAAUGGGAUUUUCCGAAUUCGUGGCCACCAUUGAAUUAUGUUUUAAUAAAGGGGCUCUUGAAUUUUCAUAGCAGGCUUAUUGACCGGGGAGAAACUGAUAACGAAAUAUUCAUAAGUUUGGCAAGAAAUUUAAGUCAACGAUAUGUAGAUUCUGUAUUUUGUGCGUGGUAUUCGACGGGUGGAUCUAUACCUGGACUGUUGGAGAAAUUGACAAAUGUUACAGAUAAUGGUCAUAUCUUUGAAAAAUAUAAUACACUUGAAUUAUUUUUACCAGGAGGUGGAGGUGAGUAUGUAGUACAAACAGGUUUCGGAUGGACAAAUGGCGUACUUUUGUGGAUAUUCUCAAAGUUUGGUGAUGUUUUGAAAGUUCCUCAGUGUAUAGAGUGA